UUAUAUCCCAGCUGUGUGAGCGUAGUCAGUAUUGUUCCUAGCUCGGUAGCAGCAACACCACAGUUUCUCUAGAAAAUAAUUUAGUAAAAAUUCCUUGAUCGAAAAAAACUUACAACAUGGGUAGUCACCCCACCACAGCUGAAACCCCGAGUCGGCUGUCGGCACAGGACCUCGAAGAAAGCUUUCGAAUAAUCAGUCUAGCCUUGCAACGAAUUUGGAACAGGAUGCGCAACCGAGUGAAUCCCCCGGGCGGCAGGAUUCGAUUGCAAAACAGGGGGCCGAUCCAUGUGUCGGCGAACCGCUGGGAGGAUUCGCGGAGGAGGCGGAACCGUCGGCGUAGGGCUGCCAGGGCUGCUCAGGCCAGGGAGAGGGCCCGCAGAGCCGGGUUAAACGCGGGGCCGGUGGUCAACCCGGUACCACCGCGGGUCAUAAACCUACGAAUCACUUGCAAUGAAGUACCGGUUGCUAAUCUACUUCCGCCUCCACCGCGCUCACAGUCCCUGGCCCCGAUUCGAAUGAGAGCAUUUUUGAGGAUGGCAAAUCGCCGAUGGCAACUAAGCUUGGUACCAAUUGAGGAGGCGGAAUCCGAAGGCACAGAUUCAGAUUACUGAGGUUCAAGAUCCCAAUUGAAGACCAUAGAGAGCAAAUCCGUAUGUAUUCAAGCAAUUAAGGCCAGCAGCGAGUGCAAUUUCGAUCCUUAAUUGUAUUGCAAGUGCUAAAAUUCAAGGUUUAUCUGUACUAUCAGUAAAUAUGUGUUCCUUUUGAAUUUUUAAACUUUA